AUGCUAUGGUCAGGGAAAAUCCGAUUCUUGCUAGCGGCAGCAGCCGCAUGCUAUGCCCUCGGCGUGGUGGUGGCGGUCGUGCGGGCUUGGAGGGCUGGGGGGGUGAAGAGCAUCUACUCUGGUCGAGCUUCGCGUGACAAGCUACUGGCCGUUGUAGUGCCGGUCUACGAUGGCGACCAAGAAGAUGCGAUGAGAGCCCUGUCCAAGUGGCCAGAGACCUGUCACGACAACACGCUGUAUGGUAUGGACCUGGUGAUCUACAAGGCCGAAGAUCUUGCGGACGCCGACAACCUACCUCAGGUCCCACAUCAGGCAUCCAGAUGCUUUCGGCAAACAAAGAUUAUUGACGCGAGGCUUCUUCCAGAGAUUACGAACGUUGGACACUUCGACGUCAGCGACCAGCAUGUGGCACAGGCCGUUGCACAGGAGACGCUGUUCAUCCACGGCAGUUCUCAAAGCGAAGGGAGUCUCGCGCAUUCCAUCAACCACUUCGGACGUCCAAUGGGAGCACUUUCCAUCGAUGGCAAUAGCCUUGACUGUACCAGCGCUUGUGGGUCGGCACUUUCGGGCAAGAUCGGGACUGGCGUAUCAACCUUUUGUGACGAAAGCUGCGCCACUGGUUGGUCGCCGGCAGGACCGCGCUUGGGCGGUCACGAUUGCGGCGCGGGUGACCCAUCGCAGUUCGGUGGUACCUGCAGGUUGUGCUACACGGACGAGGAGCUAGCCUUGGUCGCAGACCACAAGCUGGCGUCGGCGUCGGCGAAUCCCUCGAAGCCAGAUAUGCAUGUGGUGAUGUGCGACACCACGCAGCCGCCCCCGGCUUCGAGCUGCACAACUGCAUGCCAGGACGCCUCGGAUACGGUGUGUGAUUAUCGUUGCGGAAGCGGGCGGUAUGGGGACUUCAACUGCGACUGGAGGGGUCUUGGCAGCACGUGCCGGCUAUGCUUCAAUGAGUUGCCCGCGGCUCAUCUUGCGGAUGAAUUCGCCAAGGCCCACGGCGGAAGGGUCGUUAUGUGCAACACCCACGAGCCCCCACCACCGAUUGGGUCGUACACGAACGACAAGGAAGAGGAGAACGGGCACGGUAGCGCUGAUGCCGGCAAUGGCCCGACUUUGGUAGCCCCCGCUCCUCAAGAGCGUAACAACAAGGAGAUUGUUUCCGGGGACGAGGAGAGUCAGGGUCCAGCCGCGACGGAAUACAUCGGCACCACCACGCGCGGUCACAUAUGCGCUUUCAUGCGCGGGUAUUCCCGUCUGCUGCCAAUGAUGAAGGUCUCCGUGUCGAGCGUUCUGCAGUUCAUGCCGGGAAUGCGGAUCGGGAUCACAACACACCCACGGGAGUUUGAAGAAUUCAACAGGACGUUCGGACACCUUCCUAACGUCACCGUUGGAACUUCGACCAACGUUGAGCAUGGGCCUUUGGUCGCGGACUAUAUCUGUGGCGAAGGAACACGCUUGAUCUACUACAUGGAUGCCGGGGAGAUGCUCAGUCGCACCUUUACGAAGAAGGACACGCACACGGUCACGGGGGAUCUCAUUGUGUCCCUUGUCAACACAGAUGAAGUCCCCCAACCAACCGCAGCCCGUGGAAUGGGCAGCUCGGUUCUUUUAGGGGUAACCACGCCGACGUUUACUCAUGGGAGUGAUCUCAUCCUCCCGGCGGAAACUAACGCACAGCUCCGAGCUGUGUUGGAAGGCAAUCAGAAGCUGGUGGCACGCACAGACGCUAAGCAUGGCCACUCCGACCGGGUGGAAAGGAUAUACGAGUACUUGGCCGACGUGGCGAGCACCCACAAGGACUCCGCCAUAAUUAAUAUUCCGGAGGUGCUUGCUGCUUUGGCCUAUUCCCGCAGUCCACCUGGUGUGACGUUUGUCAACAUGAACGAAUGGAGUCACCAAAAUCUUUUUUCGGAGGCUUCGAUUUGGGACGUCCCGAUGGUGAAGCCGCGGUUCGGAUGUUCCUUCGAUAGGUCUCUGGGAAACCAAGGGUACGAUAUGGGAGAGAUACUCGCCAAAGAGCUCGAAGCUUUCAAGUUGGGGGCAUCGUGUGAGCGAGGCUUUAAAGCAGUUGAGGUGUCGAGCUUGAGCGUCAAGGCCAACCGGCAGCUCAGCGUCCAACGAGCAGAACAAAAGGUGCCGAAGUUCCUCGACUACGACGUUACGGUUAUGUACCGAACGUUCGUCGGAGAUGCAAAGCUAUUCAACGCUUCGAUCGCUACUGUGAUCGAGCACGUUUCAAGCGCCUUUGAGGUGGUUGUCGUUGUUGCGGAAGCCGACGUCGGGUUUUUCGAGAGCAUCGUCCAACCGUUUCGGAUCGCCGCACCGUUUCCCAUUCGUGUCAUCGGAGAGCCGGAGCUAAUGGACGGUAAACUUCAGCAAAAGUACUCGAAGCUACGGGCUGACUUGUACACGGAAGGGGACUACAUCUUGCACCUGGAUUCGGACGCGGUCGUGUUCCAGGAUCUGUCGUUCGCGCACAUGUUUCAUCUUGGCAAGCCCGUCCUGCCGUUCCGACGAUACGAGAACCGUCGAUUGGAAGGGUGGACGGAGACCAUGUGCUGGGAGAGCGGUAUAUCUUCCGCCAUUGGGGAGGACCGCAUCCACGACUUCGGCGUCUUGAACACCCACUUGUACCCACGAUCCAUGUACCCAGCUGCUCGGGAGUUCAUUGAGCAGCACCACGGGAUGCCCUUCGUCGACUUCAUGGCUAGUCGACGCGGGUCUUGCAUGCACCCUAACACCGAAACCGAGAGAACACAAGACGAGAGAGCUUUGAUGUUUUCUGAUUCCAACUUUAUCGGAGCAUAUUUGUGGUAA